GGGACAUAUCGUUGCUCUCAGGUCUCAUCUUACACCGCCACAGGACCCGCGCCCCAUUCACCCAAAACGGCAGCUGACGUUCAGAAAGCUGAGCUCACUCACCUUGAUGGAGAGCUCUUCCAAGCUUACAUAUCAAACAUCAACUUAGCUGCCCGACCGGUGUGGUGAACAAUAAUAGCCAUGGGUUCCAUUCAGCGCCUGCGGUGACCUGUCCAACGACCACGUUGGCGAUCCAGGCUCUUAAAGGUGUGGUGGUGUUGCGCUGUACAAAAAUAUCAUUCCUAGGUGAAGCCAGACCCAAGAAUGCUGCCCAAUGAUUGCCAGCAGGGAGUUCCGCGCUGUGAUAGAGUAUAACGACUGUUCUCCCGGACAGGAAAGAGUCCAAGCCAGUGCCAUAUCAUGUCUCAAUCCUAUGCACACCAUGGGUAGGAGAACCGCAGCCUUCGCACUUCGAGGCUUUGCGCCCCUUGCACCAUCAAUUUACGUACAAGACUCCCAAGUGGGCGUAAGGAACAACGACCUCAAUCCAGAAUCAUCUCCCUCCUUCUCACAGUCAUCAUUCUACCUCCCACCCGGCCCGGCAGCAGAAAGCAGUCGCCGGAGCCGGGAUACCCCACCACCAGACCUGAUCGUCCUCACGUCCUGGACCGGCGCGGCAUCCAAGCAUGUCGCCAAGUACACGGCGUCCUACAAUGCUCUUUAUCCCGGUGUCCCCAUUUUGGUAAUCACCACAGUGGUCUCUGAUUUGGUGAUCCACUCAACCAGGCACAAGCUCAAAGCCCUUGCCCCAGCAAUCGACUACCUUCUCUCUCAAAAACUGUUCUGUGCCCCUCAGGGAUCCGCAGCAGCGUGGACGCCAUCUCCCAUCCCGUUCCAAGACCCGUCCUCUCUCUAUUCCACCCCCGCUAGCGAUACCAACAACAGCCCCUACACAUCAUCACCAAACCCCUGUUGCCAUAACAGCCAUACACCACCAUCAACAUCCUCCUCCACCACUCUCCGUCACAAAGUCCAACAACGAUUCACCUCCAUCCUACUCCACGCCUUCUCCGAAGGCGGCGCGCACAAAGCCGUGCUCCUCGCGCAGGCCUACCUCGCCGCGACGGGACACGCCGCCCGCCUGCCGCUGCGCGCACUGAUCCUGGACAGCGCGCCCGGCCGGGCCAACGACUACAGGCGGGCGACGAGGGCGAUCAGUCGUGCGCUGCCGGCGAGUCCGCUGGGUCGUCCGCUCAUCAUUGCGGCUGGAGUGGUUGGGUUGGUCUGGGCUUCGCGGUCACUUGGGUUGGGAGGUGCAGGUGGAGGUGGAGGAGGGGAGGAGGGGAGUGCUAAAAGGGGAGUAACCUUUGUUGAAGAGACGCGCAGGGCGCUGAAUGAUGAGCGGUUGUGGGAUGUCAAGCGGAUUGUGAGGACGUAUCUCUUUAGCGAAGGGGAUGAGGUGGUGUGGUGGCGGGAUGUGCAUGAUCAUGGGAUCGAGAGCGCUAUGGCUGGUGGUAGUGGUACGGGUAUGGGGGGUGAGAAGCAAGGCGGAGGAAGGGGGUUGGGCAGCUUGAUGGUCAGGUUCAAGAGGACUGAGCAUUGCGCGCAUGCGAAGGGGGAGGUGAAUGGAGCGCUGUAUUGGACUGCUGUCAGGGCUACGUGGGAAGCGACUAUGGACGGGGGGAUGGGGCUGCGCUUGGGAUUGGGGAGGCGGUUGAGUUUGGAUUCGCUUUAUUGUGCUGAUGAUGACUAGUGUAGCUGGCCUGGGAAGCCCUCGACUUACGCGACUGAGAGUAAUAGCCUCCGCUAUCGGUCUUAAGUUUACCUAUCUUGGCUACCUAUAGUAGUAGGUAGUUGCAAGGAGUGUUAACAUGUGCAGGCUUUCCCAGGCAAUCGUUUGGUAGUGAUUCUCAUCUCGAACUUCGUUUGAAUUGAGAUGAACUAGUCAUAAGAGUCGAUGACCGUCCUUGUUCACAAACGCGAGGCCCUUGGCCUUUUCCACGCAGUCGAGGAGU